ACAAAACAUCUGGCUUUAACUGUCACAAAUAAAAAUUGUAUAGGGGAGGUAUACAGAAUUUCUUUGACAAAAUGCAUUGUUAGAAAGAGAGAGAGCCUGUUUUCAAAGAAAUAUACACCAAUAACUGUGGUUUAGGAUGGGAACUAGUGUUUAUGAGUACACUAACUAAGGUGAAUUCAGAGAAGGAUUUAGGAAAACCAGCAUGGAAUAACAAACUUGUUAAGAGAUUUUCCAACUGCUGCUUAUUGUCUCUUUCGUGUUAUGUAGAUUGCCAUUCAUAUUCUGCAGGAGCUAGAUUCUUUAUGAUCUGGUUAAUUUUACAAUACCCAUGAAUUCUAAAAAUGUAUUGAACGUCCAAUUUCAGAUGGUAUGGUUUGUUGGAAACUGCUUUUAGCAUUGACAUAAAGGAAUUUAUGAGACAAUGGCUUCUGUCAGAAAAGUCCCUAUUACUUCUGGAAGUUCAAGGCAAUCAGCUGUUGCAUUGAGGAAAAGUUUCAGAAUCAAGUCAAAACUUGAACAAUAUAACUUUGAGGCAAGAAUUUGUUUAGGACUUGCAGAUGAAGACUAUGAGGAUUAUUUAUCUGCACAGUUAUAUCCUCGAAGGCUUGGUACAGAUAAGAACUCUGAUGCUUACAUUUCACGAAACUUUGUAGACUACUUGUACACAUGUCAGGUUGGAAACCAGAAGCUCCAGAGGUCAGUAGUUGAUAGAGAGUAUGGGACUCAGCAGUUAUUGAAAAAUAACUUAAUGAAUGAAAAGUUUUUCCACCUUGGGGAAUUAAAUAAAGUAUUUUGUUCGCAGUGGCUAAACGACAAGCAAGUUGCUUUUGGUACAAAGUGUAACAAGUUUAUUGUUCAAGAUGUUACAAAUGGCAGAAGAGUUCAAAUUCCAAGUCUAAAAAGUAGUGCUCUUAGCAAACCCCCAGAAAACCCUUGUGGGAUUCAUGCUAUGGAGAUCAAUCCAUCACACACAAUGCUGGUGACAGGAGCUAAGAAUUCUAAUGAUGUUGCAGUCUACAGACUUCCAACACUAGACCCCUUGUGCGUUGGAGAGGGAGCACAUUCUGAUUGGAUAUUUGAUAUCAAGUGGUUGGAUGACCAGUUUUUUGUCUCAG